GUGAUCCUCUCUUUGCACGUCUCUUUGUUCCUCCGUGUAUUUCAUUGUCAGUUUUUUUAUUGCUUGCUUGGAUUUUAUUGGACUUGUAUCCUAUGUAAAACAUGGAACCGUUUAUGAUCGCACAGAAAUGGAGAAGGUACGUUUUGCUAUUCCUGAUUAUUUUUGCCUUAUUAAACCCAGCAUUUGGCGUUACUCACUAUUCUAUUCCAGAGGAAAUGGAGGUAGGAUCUGUUGUUGCAAAUUUAGCCACUGAUCUUGGCUUGGAUAUACAGAGUCUGACCAAACGCAAGAUGCGCCUAGAUGUGAUAGCAAAUAAAAAAUAUCUGGAUGUAAAUAAAGAAACAGGAGAGUUAUUUAUCGUCGAAAGGAUUGACCGAGAAUAUCUCUGCCCAUCCAAAACUACAAAUUCUUGUUUUCUAAAGCUCGACGCUACAAUCGAAAAUCCAAUUAGGAUGUUCAACAUUGAGCUAGAAAUAUUAGAUAUCAACGACAAUGCACCCCACUUUCGACGAGAUGUCAUGCAUUUAGACAUUUCUGAAUCGACACCAGCCGGCGAGCGUUUCUCACUGAACAAUGCAGUGGACUCAGACAUCGGAUCUAAUUCAAUUAAGACUUACUAUCUUGGCGAAAGUGAUCAUUUUACUAUCGAAAUACAGUCUGGUCGAGAUGGAUCUAAGCUAGCUGAUUUAGUGCUGAAAAAAGCAUUAGAUCGCGAAGAACAAGCAGUUCAUAAUCUGAUUCUUACUGCUGUAGAUGGCGGAGUGCCUUCGCGCUCUGGGACAGCUAAUAUUAUUGUCCAAGUGCUAGACACUAAUGACAACGCCCCACAGUUCGAUAAAGACAGCUAUACUGUACAUUUAAGUGAAAAUUCUCCAGUAGGAAGCCUUGUUGUUAAGUUAAAUGCAACAGAUUUGGAUGAAGGGCCAAAUUCCGAAAUAACAUACACAUUCAGUUUAUAUACCUCCGAGAAAACGCAAGAGACGUUCAGUUUGAAUGCAGAAACGGGUGAAAUUCGAGUUAAAGAGAUGAUUAAUUAUGAAUAUUUCAAGAUCUAUGAUAUGGAGAUAAUAGCAACUGAUAAAGGAUCUAAUAGUCUUUCUGGAAAAUGUAAACUAACUAUUUUAAUCACAGACAUUAACGAUAAUCAUCCUGAAAUUUCCAUCAAAUCAUUUUCUGGCCCUGUUCACCAUCGUGCUGAAGUGUCAGAAAACGAAGCCCAGCAAAGCGGCUCCUCCGUGCAGGAACAGUGUGAUCAGCGAGAGGAACUCGACCAUCGCGGAUUCCACUCUGGUCUCCAACGAUGCCUACUGGUACAGUUUAUUUCUAGCAGAGACCAGGAAAGGAAAGCUGGUGGUCAGACAGCCUGUGCCAAAGGGAGCGAGAUACAUGGUGUCCAGUAUACCGAGGAGCACAGGACUGACCGAGACCAGCGACUCAGCUGCUUCUACUCUACAGUCGGCACUGGCUGUUACUCACUAUUCUAUUCCAGAGGAGAUGGAAGUGGGAUCUGUCGUGGAAAUUUAGCCACUGAUUUGGGACUUGAUGUACAGGCUUUGAUUGAACGAAACGUCCGAUUAGAUGUUAUUGCUAACAAGAAAUACCUCGCCAUAAACAAAGACAGGGGCGAGCUGAAAAACAGUGUGCACUGA